CGGGGAAUGAAUUCUUUCAUUGCAUUUGCAAUAAUCACAUCAAUGUUUCUCGUAUCGGUCUUCAUAAAUAAGCGUAAUGAAUCCCAAAAUUCUGAGACAACCCUGAGCCUCGAAGAUGAUAGUUCCCUUGAGGAGGAUUUCAACGACAUAUUGGCCUUCAUCCCCCAGGAGGAGAUCCGUCACAUCCUUUUUAAUUAUUUCAAGUAUGACAAGCAACUGGAUAACACACGAAGUUUCGUGAACGAUCAGAAGAGAUUUAUUUUGAAAGAAUUGGAAAAUAUCCCUGAAGCGUGGAUGUUCCUGAAGAUCCUUCAGGAGCUGGGAUUACAAAUUGAUGCCUGGGAGGCAAAAAUCGAUGAGUUAUGGCAAUCUCUCCCUCGAUUCCAAGAGGAGCAACCCAGCACUGCGGCAGGAGGUCUCAUAGUCAUGAUAAAUAAAAUUCUGAGAAGGAUUCCUUCCGAAGAACUUCAUUCUCUUCUUCGGGACAAAGUGAGGUACUCUCUGAGCUUCAAAAUGUUUAUCCAAGCUUUAAAGUCCUGCGUAUUCCUCGAUCUUUGUGAAAAAAUCGAGGAGAAUGCUGUUUUAGCACGCCACUACUACUGGGCGAAACAGGACGAAAUUGAAGUAAUAUUAGCCGUUGAAUUACUGAAGAAACUUUAUCUCUAUCUCACUCAGGAACUCCACUGACAAAUAUCUCGGGCAAUAAAUAACAAAUUCGGAAAUUGAUUCUAAAGUUGUUACAAUUCACAGUGGCAUCACUGGAUACAACAUUCUACAGUUAUCCCUGAUUCACUGCGGCAACUGAGUCAUUCUCCUUCACUGUCCGUUGAAUUUACGAGUCGUGUUGUCGUACAACCUGGGGAAGAAAAGCCACCAAUCCACAUGUAUACGUGUAUGCAUGUUGGGUGGGUGUUGAGAGAAUAAGUGGAACGAACAAACCAACGUCGUGGCGAUAAAAGUUUACCACCAGGUUUGGGCAUGGGUUUUGAAGAAGAAGAAGUGGCCCGGUGAGGAAUCUCAAUGGGAUUACCUGCCACCAAAGAUAUUUUCGGAUUAUCGUAUAUUACGUGGUGAGAAAACAAAUAUUUUUUUCAGGACGUCUCACACUGACAAUGCGAAAAGAAGAAAUGGGGGAAUUGAGGUACACAAGUUAAAUAAAAGUACGUGGGACUCGAGGAUUCGAAAGAUUCAUUCAAUGAAAUGAUAAAAAUCAAUUUAUUCGAAUGUGAACUCGAACGUACCUUUUCUACUCAGCUGUACCUAUAUUGACAAAGCCAAUUAUCCUGAUGUUUAUGGAGCAUAUUUUAUGCUUGAAAACGAUGAGAUAGAAAGGGGGAAAUUAAUUCCCAUCCAGCUAUGAUAACCGAGGGUAUAUGGCAUAGAUGUUGGACGAAGUACACAACCGGCAACCAGGCGCGGUGUCUGCGGCAAACAAUUCCAAUUAACUGGGUGAAAUUGAAAUAGAACUCGUCCGUCCACCCGACGCCCGAUGUCUUGCAUCCUGAAUACUCCGGACACGCGGCAAAACGCUUCCCUUUUUUAACCCACCAUCCCCUUACUUGAUAUGAACGUCCACUUAACUAUCCCCCUUCCCUCCCCUUUGAGAUUUUCCGCGAAAAAUGCGAGAAACACUCUCCAUGUAAUUAAUUUGUAAUGAACAGAGAAUAUUUGAUCAUUAAAUUAUUAAUUAAUAAUUGAAAUUUUCCAUUGUCCCAUAAAUCAAUAAUCAUGUUUGAAAAUUCACGAUUACUCAAUCAACGAAUAA